AUGCAAAGCACAAGUUAUUAAACAAUAGGAAGGCUCGUGUUAUUUAGCGGAUUUAAGGGUAUCUAACGUUCUGUCUACUGACUGCCAAAGUUUAUGGUUCAGGCAUUGCGAGGACUACUAAAAUUCAGCUAACUAUAUUGAUGGUCCUUCGACACCCAACUGCUUUCUCCAGGACAGCAAUCACGGCAAUGGCGGAUUACGAUAACUACGAUGACCGGGAUAGGGCUUACGGUAGUUUUGGUGGCGGCAGAGGACCCAGAGGUGGCAGUGGACCAGGUGGACCGCGCAAGCAAAAGGAUCUUCCCACAGAGCCCCCUUACACAGCCUACGUUGGCAAUCUGCCUUUCAACACUGUACAAGGAGACAUAGACGCCAUUUUCAAAGACCUCAACGUCAGGAGCGUUCGACUAGUCCGAGACAAAGAAACAGACAAGUUCAAAGGUUUUUGUUAUGUAGAAUUUGAUGACUUGGAAUCCCUUAAAGAAGCUUUGACGUAUGAUGGUGCUCUCCUUGGAGACCGAUCACUUAGGGUUGACAUUGCUGAGGGUCGAAAGCAAGAGAGGGGCGCUGGAGGAUUUGGCUUCCGGGGGAAUGACCGAGGAGGCCGAGGGGGCUCUCGUGGAGGUGGACCCAGAGGUGGUUCCAGAGACGACUACGAAGGAGGCUUCAGAGGAGAUGAUGACUUUGGAAGGGGUCGAGGAGGUGGCCGCGGUGGUGACAGAAGGGGAGGCGGUGGCGGAACGGGCAUGGGGGGGCGCUACAGGGAUGGUGGGCCCCCGCCCCCACGCGCUGGAGGCGAAGACUUCAGAGAACCCUCUGACGAGGAAAGGGCGCAGAGACCACGGCUUCAGUUGAAGCCACGCACAGUGGCUGCCCCACUUAACCAAGUCGCCAACCCCAAUUCUGCCAUAUUUGGCGGAGCCAAGCCGAGGGAAGAGCUUGAAAAAGACAAAGAGGCUGAGAAGGAGUAGAUUUAACCAGGAGGCUGCAUUAUUCUGGAAGGCUGCUCUGGAUCUACUGGCUUUGUUCACCAAAAAUCUUUCAAAGACUUCUCCCAAAGAAAGCUCGCUGGAGAGUCAGGCGCUGGGUUCUUCAUUCUGCUCGGUAACUCAAAGCAGGCCUUCGCCUAAUUGAUUAAAGAGCAGUUGGACCCAAUGCUUCUGUGAGGGGCAGGGGCCAGGCUUAUGUCAACCUGACCCGUACCCCACACACAUCAAACGGAACUCGGGACAGUGGCUUCAGUUCGCUUCUGUUGCCUUUGGGUAAGGACCUUGAUGUGUAAUUUUCUCUUACCUUUCCCAAGGCAUCCUUUGUGUUCACCAAAUGAUUUACAGUUUUAGACAUACAGCAGUCGAAAGGCUGUUUUUUUUGUCUUUUUAUAUAUUUUCCUCAAAAUUUCUGCUCUAUUUGUGAAAUGAUAAUCAUUUCAGCUUCAAAUUUCCACUGUCUUAAAUAUUAAAUGAUAACAUUGCCAAGAGAACUGAACCUUUUGUCUCUGUGUAAUUCUGGAACCCGAUUUUGAAAGAUUUUUGAUCUUAAGUCUGUUCAGUCCAGGAGAAAUGGCUUCCUGCAAUAAUGAGGCGAUUCUGAAGUGUUUGGUUAGAGGAGCCCCUGAAGCACCACUAUAGGAUUCAAUUAGAAACAUGGGUUAUCGCAGCGGUCUUUGACUGGCAACUUUCUACUUCCAUAGCUUGGUCGUUAAAUGCAUUUUAUCAACAACACAAAACGUUAACACUGAAACAUAUUCAACCUUAACCGGAAACUUACCUGAAGAAAUAUCACCUGCCCAUUUGUCCUAUGGAGACUGGUUAAUUCUGUAGCCCGCCUAUUCGUAGAUUCGGAGUAUAGAAUGCUUUUGAAUUUUGUUGCAACCAUUUUUAUUAACAUUUUACUGGUUCUGAAAUUGAGUGAUACCAUUUUCUUACUGUACUAUAGGAAAAUUGGCUGUUUUUAUUCUUUAUUUGGUUCAUUUUCCUACACUGUUUAUGGCAAUAAAAUGUAUCAUCUUACAUUAAUUGUUAAGAAUGUGUUUAAAUGGGAUGGGGGAAUGAGUCAUGGCAAUGCAAAUUGCAGAGAACACAAAUUUUGCAAUGCAAACAUGGAGCAAAAACACAUUAAAGUAGACAUUUGUUUAAAAGUGAACUAAGUAGCAUUCAUGCGUGCAUCUAGUUUUAUGCAUUCACAAUUGCGGAUUAUUCACAACUAAUUAAUGUGUUUUUAUGUUCGCAACCACAUCUUUUCCCGUGCAUUGCAUUCAGAGAACCCAGUUCCUCAUCCUAAACACUUUCCCCACAGGAUUACAAUGAAAUGCAGAGGAUAUGUAGAAUACCAUUUGGAGGCAGUGUUUGUUGUGCACCAUACAGUAGCUCAAGACGCAGGACAGAAUCCGUUUCGGUGUGUUUGUGUGUGUGAAUGUCAGAAGGGAUCCUUGUUCUGAAUUUACAGUUAGUAGGACUGCGAAACAGAGCAAGGACUUUUGCUUUAUUUUUGAUUGAAGCACCCAAUAUUAUUUUUAAAUUGGCCUGCUUGUUUUUCAGGGGGUAGAUACAGUUGAGAAUUACAGGUUUUGAUAUUUUGAACAAUCUUAAAUAAAACAAUUAAAUUAUUGUCUUUGUCACUCACUGCUUACAUGUUUUUUGUUUUGUUUUUUUUAUCUGAAGUACCAGUAUCAAACGUUCUAGCAUGAAGAACAUUAAUCUCACAUUUAGUCCUUUGGGGAACAAUCUUGUAAAAUAAAAGUAAAACUUAUUAGGCCACUGUGUUGACCACGAUUUUGUCAAUAAAUCUUCGCUCUAAACAUA